UACUUUUGUGCAUCAUGUAGUCAUGCAUUGUGAUAAACAGUUUACUUCUUUCCCAUUUCAACACUUCUACUGUGACCAACCAGCUAAAGUCCAGGAAGAGAUUGAUCGUGUGGUUGGCAAACAUCGCAGCCCUUGCAUGCAGGACAGGAGCCGCAUGCCCUACACAGAUGCCAUGAUUCAUGAGGUUCAGAGGUUCAUUGACCUCAUUCCUACCAACCUGCCACAUGCGGUGACCUGUGACAUUAAGUUCAGGAACUACCUAAUACCCAAGGGAACAACAAUAAUAACAUCACUCUCAUCAGUGCUGCAUGACAGCAAGGAAUUCCCCGACCCAGAGAUAUUUGACCCUGGCCACUUUUUAGAUGGGAAUGGAAAGUUUAAGAAAAGUGACUAUUUCAUGCCUUUCUCAGCAGGAAAACGGAUGUGUGCAGGAGAGGGCCUAGCCCGCAUGGAGUUAUUUUUAUUCCUGACCACAAUUUUACAGAACUUUAAGCUGAAAUCUGUACUUCAACCAAAGGAUAUUGAUACAACUCCAGUUUUCCCUGGAUUUGCCUCUCUACCACCAUUUUAUGAGCUGUGCUUCAUUCCUCUCUAAAGAGAUCAAAUUGCCUGGCUCCUGAUGUGUUGUAUUUUCUCCCUUCAAAUAACUCCUAUAUUCUUCAAGAUUCAAGAAAUAUCCAUAUUGCAUUUUCCAGUUUCUGGAGUCACUGCUCACAUAUAUCUGCACUUCCCUAUUCUCUGUAACAGUCUCCCCAUCUCAUGUACCUAUGUAGAUCUAAUUUUGAGUUCUUACUGUGGUUUAGCUGUAGCACUGGUAAUUCACAAAAAUUUAUCUUCUUUAUGUUCUCAA